AAUAAACCCUCCCCAUUACUGAGGGUGAACUACGAUGACUAAUAAGCAAAUCAGCCUUCUUUAGUCAGUCAGAUAAGCUCAGAGCUGGAACAAAGGUGCCAUAUGCUGCGGUUCCUGUAACGACAGACGAUCAGCUGCCAUCUGUCUUCUGGAGGUCACCCCUCUAGGGUCUCUGGGGAACAAUGGGAGUCUUGGGCUUCCUCACACUGGAAGCGAACGGCCCCAUGCUGACAGUGGCCCUGUCUGUGGUCCUCUUGGCUCUCCUGAAAUGGUACUCUACGUCAGCCUUUUCAAGACUGGAGAAGUUGGGCAUCAGACAUCCCAAGCCUUGUCCUUUUAUUGGAAACUUGACAUUUUUCCGCCAGGGCUUCUGGGAAAGUCAGAUGGAGCUCAGAAAGCUGUAUGGACCUCUGUGUGGGUACUAUCUUGGCCGUCGGAUGUUUAUCGUUAUCUCCAAACCGGACAUGAUCAAGCAGGUGUUGGUCGAGAACUUCAGUAACUUUACCAACAGAAUGGCAUCGGGUUUGGAAUCCAAACCGGUAGCAGACAGCGUGCUGUUUUUACGUGACAAAAGAUGGGAAGAGGUCAGAAGUGUUCUAACUUCUGCUUUCAGUCCUGAGAAGCUGCAUGAGAUGAUUCCUCUAAUCAACCAAGCCUGCGACCUUCUCCUGACUCAUUUAAAACACGAUGCGGAACGUGGAGACGCUGUCGACAUCCAGAGGUGCUACAGCUGCUACAGCACAGAUGUGGUGGCCAGUGUCGCCUUCGGCACCCAGGUGGACUCCCGAAAGGCUCCUGAGGACCCCUUUGUCAAGUACUGCAGGCGUUUCUUUGCCUUCGGCAUCCCCAGACCUCUCCUGGUUUUCAUCGUAUCAUUUCCAUCCAUAAUGGUCCCACUGGCCCGGAUUUUGCCCAAUAAGAACCGAGAUGAACUGAAUGGCUUUUUUAACAAACUCAUUAGGAAUGUGAUUGCCUUGCGGGACCAGCAAGCAGCAGAAGAGAGGCGGAGAGACUUCCUCCAAAUGGUCCUGGAUGCCCGACAAUCCACCCCUUCCGUGGGCGUGGAGAGCUUCGACAUAGUCAGACAAGUCUUCUCAUCCUCCGAAUGCUCAGCGAAUCCUUCCCAGCAAGGCCAGCCCAGACCCCUGUCCAAGCCCUUGACUGUGGAUGAGAUCGUGGGCCAGGCCUUCCUCUUCCUCAUCGCCGGCUACGAGAUCAUCACCAACACACUAUCUUUCGCCACCUACCUACUGGCCACCAACCCUGACUGCCAAGAGAAGCUUCUGACAGAGGUGGACCGUUUCAACGAGAAAUAUGCGACCCCCGAGCUCUGCAGCCUCCAGGAAGGCCUGCCCUACCUGGACAUGGUGAUCGCAGAGACCUUGAGGAUGUACCCGCCAGCUUUCAGGUUCACGCGGGAGGCGGCAAAGGACUGCGAAGUGCUGGGGCAGCGCAUCCCCGCCGGCACCGUGGUGGAGAUGGCCGUGGGCGCCCUGCACCGCGACCCGGAGCACUGGCCCCGCCCCGAGGCCUUCGACCCGGAGAGGUUCACGGCGGAGGCCCAGCGGCGCCGGCGGCCCUUCACCUACCUGCCAUUUGGAGCGGGGCCCCGGAGCUGCCUCGGCGUGAGGCUGGGGCUGCUGGAGGUCAAGCUGACGCUGCUCCACGUCUUCCGGAAGUUCCGGUUCAAAGUCUGCCCCGAGACUCAGGUGAGCCCCCUGCAGGUGCCACUGCAGCUAGAAUCCAAAUCUGCCCUAGGUCCGAAAAAUGGUGUCUACAUCAAGAUUGUCUCCCGCUGACAGUUAAGAGGGCACCCCCUAAUUCGAGGAAAACUUUCAUGUGGAAAUUCAGAUAUUUGGGGAGACAUCACCUUAGCCAUUGAAAGGGUGUCUGGAAUGCAAGUAUACAAGAAGUCAUUUACAUAACAUGUCCUAAAUGCUUAAUAAAUGUUUGCUGCACUUA